AUGGCUGUAAGUGCGCGGAAGCCCAUCGAUCGCAGAGCGCUGGAGGACACCACGGUGGUGAGCAACAAGCAAGGGCCAUGGUGGAAGGACACCGGUCUACGAAAGCUGAACUUGAUGCUGUUCUUUCUCAUGUUCAGCGAGUUUACUCAAGGCUACGAUGCUUCCUUGAUCAAUAACGUGCAAGAGCUGAGUGUUUGGCAGGAGGAUUUCAAUCACCCUCAUGGUAGCCUUCUGGGAGCCAUGAGCGCUAUGUACUGGAUAGGCAAUAUCGUCGGCGUUGUCUUCAUCUCCUUCAUAUCUGACAGGCUCGGCCGCAGAUACUGCUUGUUUUUCGGCGCCAUUCUAUGCCUUGCUGGUACCGGCAUGGCUACUGGUGCCUCCAGUGCCGGUCUCUUCAUCGCAGCUCGCUUGCUUCUAGGCAUGGGAGGUGUGGUAGUUGCUGCGAUCGGGCCAGUAUGGAUGGGUGAACUAGCCUACCCAGACCAUCGAGCGACAGCAACUUCCAUGUCGAACACUACGUACAGUGCUGGAUCUAUCAUCGCGGCGUGGAUUACAUUUGGAUCCUUCCGACUUGCAAGUGCAUGGGCAUGGCGCAUUCCCACCGUCUUCCAAGCGCUUCCAUCAAUAAUCCAAGUAAUUGGAGCAUUCAUUCUUCCAGAAUCCCCCCGCUGGCUCAUCAGCCGCGGCCGCGAACAAGCCGCCCUCGCCAUCCUAGCCAAAUACCACGGCAACGGCGAUGCGCAAGACAUCGUAGUGCAACAGGAAUACCAAGAGAUGAAAGAGACCAUCGAACUCGAGAUCGCCGCCAAAAAGACAUCCUGGAAAGAACUCAUCAACACCCGCGGAAACAGAUGGCGCUCGUUCAUCCUCAUAUGGUGUGGAAUCUGCAAACAAUGGUCCGGCAACGGCCUAAUAAGCUACUACCUCAGCAGCAUGCUCAAAUCCGCCGGAAUAACCGCCGAAGUCGACACGACCCUGAUCACCGCAACAAGCCAAAUGUUCAGUUUCGCCUGUGCACUAGCCUUUGCCUUCCUUCCCGGCCGACUCGGACGAAGACCUCUCCUUCUGUGGUCCAUGGGACUCAUCUGGCUCGUCUUUGCGCUCAUCACGAUUUGCACGGGCGUGUUCGUCGAAACAGGCAGCCAGUCUGCAUCGUACGCCACUGUCGCUUUCAUCUAUAUAUACAACGGGGUACAUAAUCUAGGUUGGACGGGUGCGAUGAUGCUCUACGUCGUUGAAAUCCUCCCCUACUCCAUCCGCGCCAAAGGCAUCGCUCUUUUCUGGCUCGUCACCGGCGCAACAGGGGCCUUCAACACGUAUGUAAACCCGCUGGGAAUCGAUGCCUUCGCAUGGAAGUAUUAUUUCUUCUAUGUGGGGUGGAUUAUCGUUGAGUUUGUGGUGGUGUAUUUCUUCUUUAUUGAGACCAAAGGACCGAGUCUGGAGCAGAUUGCGCUGCUGUUUGAUGGGAAGGAUGCGGUGGUUAGUCAUGCUAAUCCGGUGGCGGAGGAGUUUUUGGAUGAGAAGGAGAAGGCCGAGGCGAAGGAGAUUGAAGUGGCUCGAUAG